AUGGGCGUCGAUCGCGCUCGCGCUCGUAGGUUGACCGAGAGCGAGAACGAUGACGACGACGACCGAAGUCUCGACGCGCGCGAGGAGGUUGGAGAUGGUGACGACGAGAGUGACGAAGAAGAUGUGGACGGGGAUAGUGUUGUACGCGCGUCUCUGGAACGCGCAAGCGAGCGAGAUGCGGAGAUUGCGGAUGAGAGGGAUACGCGAGUGCGAAUACUUCUCAUUCGCGAACGGGACGCCGAGUUCGCGCGAGAUCCAAAAUUUAAAUCGCGAUCAAUCGCCGAGUUGAACAACGAAGCCGUGCGAUAUUUGAAAGCCGGAGACGAUGUCAAGUGUGUGGUGGCUUACGCCAAGGUGUUUCGAAAGGUUUCUGAAAACAACGUCACGCACCCGACGCUAUACGUGUGCCACUCAAAUCGCGCAUUCGCGUACUUGAACUUGGGUCUAUUUCAAGAAGCUCUGUGGGAUGGCCAUCGCGCGCAGACAUUGGCGAAUGAGCGUUUCACGCAGUUACAAGAUGACGACGGGAGUGUCAAGGUUUUCGUGAAGGGUUACGCGAGGAAGGGUUUCGCGCUCAUGGGUUUGCGGGAACCGAAACUCGCAAAGCUCGAGUUUGAGCGCGGAUUAACCAUGAGCCCGACCGAUGAGGAAUUGAAGCGCGGUUUGGAAGAGGCAACGCAAGCAGUCAUUCGUGAUUUAUACAUCGGACGCGGAAAAGAGAAACAAUAUGCCCUGCCGAGCUCCGGGAAAACGAGUGAGAGAAUUUCGUCGCUGCCGUACUCGGCGCCGCUUCACCGUGUGCAUCCUCGCGAUAUGCUGCCCAACACGCUAUUGACCCCAUUCCAAGCCGAAAAUGAUUAUCAUCUGAAGGACACGUACAAUUAUAUGACGAUUCAAGCCGAUAUUCGCGUCCCGAAGAGACAUUUCAAGGUUUUACAAGACGACGUUCGGCGCGCCAAGUUCUCUACGGCGAUUAAAUGCGCAAUCGACAAGAUGCACGACGACGCCAAAGAUGCACGAGUUUUGAAUAUCGGUUGCGGUGCGGGAUUAAAUACAAUGUUGGCGUUGAAACACGGUGCGCAUCACGUGACGGCUACCGAGCGCUGGCUGUACCUCGCCAUGGCUACGAAGGAGAAUUUGUUGAACAACGGAUACAGUGAUGACCAAGUCAAAGUCGUGUACAAGCGUCCGACUGAUCUCGCGUUGCUUCGCGAUGUCCCAAUAUCGUGCAACGUGUGCGUGUGCGAUGUAUUUGACGACGGUUUGCUGAGUUCGGGGAUCAUUCCCGCCGUUAGGCAUGCCUUGGACAAGCUAUUGUUGCCAGACGCAGUCGUCAUUCCGUCGAGCGCGACGCUGUACGCCCAAGCCGUCGAUAUGCGCACGCCCGCCUUUGACGGAAUCAAUCUCAGCGCGAUAGACGGUUACAGAUGGCACCCAACGUACAUUGCAGGCAUUGAUUUAUUCGAGAACGCGUACAUCACUCUGAGCGAUCCUGUGCAAGUGUUCCAAUUUGACUUCCUCAUGCCGCCAGACUGUAGCGAGAAGAAGACGAUUGAUUUAACGUUUACGAAGCGCGGCAAGUUCAACGCCGUGGUGUUUUGGUACGAGAUGACUUUGAUUGAUGAUGUGAAAAUUUCAACAAAACCUGGUGGUGAAGAUUGUCCUUCUUCGAUGCGCGCCGCUGUCCAGUUCAUGCCCGGGAAAAUAUCAAUAGAAGAAGGCAGCGUGUUGCCACUCACGUGCGCGCACAACACAGUCGGUAUACAGUUUAGUGUCGAAGAUGCAGAGUACGAUCAAGUGACGAAAAAAGAUGCCAGUUUUCCAAAAUAUCACUUUCACAUGCUUCGCGAUGAGGGGCGUCUGCACGCGUAUUCGGACGCCCUCGGGCGUCAAGUUGCGCGAAUCAAGGCUCGCGGAGACACGUGCAGGGCGCUCGACAUCGGCACGGGAAGCGGUAUACUCGCCAUGCUCGCCGCGCGAGCGGGUGCGGAUUCCGUCGUCGCUUGCGACACGCAUCCAUCGCUCGUGAGCGUCGCUAGACGAAAUGUUGCCGCGAAUGGUUACGGAUCUCAGGUGAGCGUCCUGAAGCGCGACGCGACGCAACUCGAACGCGGCAAGCAUGCGCCAUACGACGGCGUUAAUCUUAUCGUUCUGGACGUCUUCGACGCCGGACUCACCGGAGAUGACGUGUUGGACAUGAUAGAAGCAGCCCGUAAGCAAUUGAGCGCAUCUACGUGCGCAGUCGUUCCCGCGGCGGCGACGAUUUAUUGCGCAGGCAUCGAAGCGUACACAAGCGAAGUCGACGGUUUCAACAUGAGCGCCUUCAACAAGUAUAGAUGGGACAGCACGUACGAGGCGACGUACAUGCGAGACCAGCCUUACCGAGUGUUGACAAAACCCAAAAAAGUAUUCGAAUUCUUCUUUGAUGACUCCCAGAAGAGCAAGGGCAGGGAAACCGUGCUAAAGAUGGAGACAAUCGCGCACGGCUACAUGAAUGCGGUGUGUUUUUGGUUUGAUUUGCACAUGGACGAAGAAGAGACGAUUACGACGGCACCGCUAGGGAUUGGAAAGGGUGGUACAAUUGAAAAUCAACGCAUUCUCGGCGACUUUGACGGUGCGCAUGCGAAAAAGGUCAUGUGCGAAUCUCUUCGCAGAGUUCGAGCGAACAUGGCGUCGAAUCCACGAAGCGAAGACUUUGAAAGCGACUCUGCGCGCGAGGGAUCAAGCGACAGGACCGUUUUUGUCUCCGAUGCCACGUCCUUAGGAGAUGAUGAAUUCGACGACGACGAUCGCGAGGAGCACUAUUGGGGGCAGGCGCUGCAAUACCUCGAACGCGGCGUCCAGGUGCGCGCGGGAAAGAAAAUCGCGCUCUUGGCCAAGCGACAAAACGGCGGCGUGCACUUUAGUUUAAAAGAGGGCGUCGGAAAUUGGGUAGGAAAACCACCGUGGAAGAUUGAAUGGGGCGGCGGCGCGUCCGUGGAGAGCCCACAUUUCCAGCGCGUGCACUAUUGCCAAUUGCUCGUCAACGAUUUUCUGAUGCGUCUACGAUGCAAACGGUUCGCGCCGAUCGAAAAAGACAUGAAGAUGAUUCUCGCGCAUUGCGGUGCGCUGUUUCUCGAGCCUCAUAGCUUGACUGACAUAUACCAUCACUUAGUCAUGCUAGAAGUGUACUUUGAUUGGGAAGACUUCUCCCCGGGAACGAAGGUUGAAUCGAUGACGAAGCCGUGUUUGCGCCUGUGCUAA